GCAGUGACUGUGCUUGUGUCAGUUGAAGUUUAUGAUUGUUUUGAAGUUGUAUUAGUAGCAAAUUAAUUUGUUAUCAAUGAUGGAUUACGAAUUUAAAGUUAAAACUGCAAAUGAACGGACUAAAGUGGAAGAUUUGUUCGAUUAUGAGGGAUGUAAAGUUGGGAGAGGUACUUAUGGACAUGUGUAUAAAGCUCGAAGAAAAGACGGGCCAGACAUGAAUAGAGAGUUUGCUCUGAAACAGAUAGAGGGCACGGGUCUGUCAAUGUCUGCUUGCAGAGAAAUUGCUUUACUGAGAGAGCUGAAACACCCAAAUGUAAUUAAUUUGAUUAGAGUUUUUCUUUCACAUAAUGACCGAAAGGUGUGGCUCUUGUUUGACUAUGCAGAACAUGAUCUGUGGCAUAUUAUCAAAUUCCAUCGAGCAGCUAAAGCUAAUAAGAAACCGGUGAUGGUUCCUAAAGCAAUGGUGAAGUCAUUACUUUACCAGAUUUUAGAUGGGAUACAUUAUUUACACUCUAACUGGGUACUUCAUAGAGAUCUGAAACCAGCAAAUAUUCUUGUAAUGGGAGAAGGGUCAGAAAGAGGUCGGGUGAAGAUUGCUGACAUGGGGUUUGCUCGUCUGUUCAAUGCUCCUCUCAAACCUCUGGCAGACCUUGAUCCUGUGGUGGUCACUUUCUGGUACCGAGCACCAGAGCUGCUCUUGGGGGCAAGACACUACACAAAGGCCAUCGAUAUUUGGGCUAUUGGUUGUAUCUUUGCGGAGCUUUUGACGUCCGAGCCAAUAUUUCAUUGUCGUCAAGAAGAUAUAAAAACGAGUAAUCCCUAUCAUCAUGAUCAGCUGGACAGAAUAUUCAACGUUAUGGGAUUUCCACUUGAGAAGGAUUGGGAAGAUAUUAGAAAAAUGCCAGAGCAUCCAACACUUCUGAAGGACUUCAAACGCUCCAACUACUCCAACUGCUCUUUGGUGAAGUAUAUGGAUCGCCACAAGAUCAAGCCGGACACUCGCGCCUUCAAUUUGCUACAGAAGCUACUGCUGAUGGACCCCAAUAAGCGAAUCACCUCAGAACAAGCUAUGCAAGAUGGCUACUUCAAGGAGGAACCAUUACCUACCCAAGAUGUGUUUUCUGGUUGCACCAUCCCGUACCCAAAAAGAGAAUUCAUCACUGACGAAGACCAGGAGGACAAAUCAGACACGAACAAAGCCCGGCAGAACCAAGCCAACAAUGGAGGUCAGGGUGGCCAGUCUGCAGACAGUCAUGGUCACAACCACGGUCAUGGUAGUAACGCCAAGCGUGUCCGUCUCACCGCUCCUCCCCACCCGAAUAACGGGGCAGGCAUGGUGCAGCAGCAGCCACCCGAGUUCCAUCAUGUGACCCAACAGGGCAUGAUAUACACUUCGCAAGCCAACACUCAACAGGGCAACUUCAGCCAACGGUUCUAGCCAAAUUAGUUUUGCCGGACUUAUUAUUUUGGUUUUGUAUUCUGAUAGAUCUUAUACAUUAUUUUAUUACUGUAUACAAUUGAUAAAGAAAUAGUUACUAUUUUAGACAUUUCAACUUAAUGACAAUUUUCAACAUGACUGCAUUUGACUGAAUACAAACCAUUAAAUUGUAAUGCUAUUUAUGACCUGUAGGUUCAAUUUAUUGCAAUAAAUAAAUAAUCCAAUAUGUUGCAUGAAGCCAAUAUACAUUCAAACAUGCUAAGUACAUAUAUUUAUAUUAUCGUAAAAAUAUUGAUUUAUUGGAAGAUUUGUUUUUUUAUAAUGAUGUAGUAAAGUAAAUAAUGGAUAUUUGUCCUUAUUAAUAAAACUGCCAAAAAAAGUUUUAACAUAGUAUAGGCUUUGUAUUGGGUUUUGCAAAUUAUAUGUCCUGAUUUUAUAAUAUGUUAAAUGAAUUGUAUGUGACGUAAACUAUGUUGCACAGAAAGUUAAACAGUUAUAUUAUAUUUCAUGACUAGUCACAAUAUGCAGCCAUCAUGGCAUUAUUAUUAAAAAAGUCUAUAUUUUCUGUUUGUAAAUUCAUGGUAAUUGAAGUACAAUAACACUUUGCUGUUAAGAAAAUCUUUGAAUGUCCAACACUAGUUUUAAUGUUGAAGCUUAAUAUCGCUUAUUAAAUAGUACAGAAACUAUACACUCUAUGAGUGUUUGGACAGUAACAUAUUGUGUUGAUUGGUUGGCCAUUUACAAAGAUAUUUAAUGUAUUAUCUUUAAACAAGAUGUUAUUAUUACCAUUCAACCCUGUGUUAUAAUAUUGUAUAUAUCUCUUCCUAUUGAUCCGACUGACAUAUCAUAAAUUAUAUGCAUAAUUUAGUGUUUUAUUCCUCAUUUUCUACAUAACAGUAAUAAAAUGUAAAAGUUUUUCUUACCAUGUUGCAUAGUAGUGACAUGAAUAGUAAAAUAGUACUUUAAAACACUAUGGUAAUGAGAUCAGAACACUGAAAUGUAGACAGUUCCCCUUUAAGGAUGUAAUGAUUGUAAUGUAAGGAUUGUAAUGAUUACAAUGAUAUUUUUGCAAGAAAAUCAUUUCUUAAUUGUUUUAUUUGGAAAAAGGAAAGGACAUUUCAUUAUCAAAAAAAUAGGUCAUGACGGUUUUUUGUAGUAGUUUUUAGGCCUAUUUUGGUUUCACUUUACACUUUUUAAUGAUAACAAUAAAUUGGCAUAAUAUUAGUUAUUAACACUUUCAGUGCCAGUCAUUUUUUUAAUGUUAAUCAAUAGUGCCUAACGUAUUUUUGCAAGUGCUAUCCAAAAGUACCUUACCAUUUUUAGCAAUUUGCAUAUUGUUAUUAUAAAAUUUCAUAACUUUAUUAUUUAUUGGUAAUUGUUAUAUUUGUUUUGUUUUUUGUUGUGUUGUACAAAAAUGUGUAUAUUAAAACUAAAUACACUCAAAACUACAAGAAAAACAAAAAAUAACAAUAAAAUGUAAAAAAAUGUUUUUUGCUUUUCUAAUUUUUAGGUUUGACACUGAAAUAAGAACCCCAAACAAUUCUCACACUCAAUAAAGUCAACCACACUAAAGAACACUUUAUUAUAAACAUAAUCACUAAUUUUUAUCAAAUUAACACCAAAAUAAACAUACUAUAGCAUUUUUUUAAUGGUCACUUCUUUUAUGAGGACCUAAAAUGCAUAUCUUGAAUAACUAUAACACUGUAGGAUAGAACAAAAGAAGAAUAGGCCUAUGAUGAUUUAAUCUGUUUAUAUAUAUUUACAGAAUAAAAUAAAUAUAAGUUACAAAGUUGUCAUUUAGGUACUCUUCCUCCACUACUAAUCUAAAGUAUUUUCAUUCAAUGGAGACCUUUAACAAUUCAUAAUACUUCACUACACACCUAAACUAGACAUAUACACUAUUUUUUUGUUAUAUUAUACUUAUAAAAAACGUAAACGUAACCACAACAUUCUAACAGAGCAUUCUCUGAAACAGCUAACUGACAAGUACGAAAACAAAGUGUCUCAGCUGCAACAUCAUUGUCGACUGGCCAACUUCAUCAUAAACUUUUGUUAUUGUUACUGAUAGAUCAGCUGUGUUUGUACCCUAUAUAUCAUACGUAACAGAAAGUAUGUUUCUUUUAAUGCAAAUUGAUAUAAAAUACACAUAAAAAUAUUAUGUAUUAUAUUCUUAAUAUAUUUUCUUAAAAACAUCCGGUUUACGGGACAUUGGCAAUUUAUGCACGUUUUUACAACGUUCGGUUACCCGAAUGACGGCACUUUAUGCAUAUUUUUAAAAUUUCCAGUAACGCGGACAUUGGCACUGAAAGGGUUAAUUUACGAUUUAUCAUGCGCACAUAGUACAUAUACAAGUAUUAUAAUAUCUUUAAGAUUUAACUGAAAUAACUGUACUAUUGAUGAUGAAUUAUUAAAUUUGGCAAUUUUUCUCCCAAGCUGAAUUUUUUUCUAAUUUUAUUUAUUUUGAACUACAGUAUUUUUGUUCAAUAUUGAUGCUUAUUGAUAACAUUAUUAAAUUUUUGGUACAUACAAGAUCUAUUCAGAAAGUAAGGAAUGUUUUGGAAUAAAAAAAACCAAGUACAAGAAAAACAUAUUAUUUUAUACAUAUGAAAGAAGGACUAAAAUACUACUCUUCUACAUAAUCACCAUAUAAUUCAGGCACAUAUCAUAGCGGUAGUCAAGCUUUGAAAUUCUUGUGUCAUAGAAUUCUGCCACCAGUUAUCUCCGUCACUCAGUUACGUGUACCUGGAGCUCCCCAUUGUUGUCAAAACACUGUGUUGCUAGCCAGUUUUUCUUUUGUUGAGAACAAGUGAAAAUAAUUUUGAGCAAGAUCAGUAUUAUAGGGGAUAUGAGAAAAACCUCCCAGUUGAACGAGUUCAAGAGUUCUUGAGCACGGUUUGCUGUGUGAGGUCAUGCGUUAUCAUGCAAAAGCAAAAUUUUGGAUGACAAUUUUCUUUGGCGCAAUUUAAAAUAAUAAAGCUGUGAAACUUGUGACAGACAUAGAGAAAGUUUAGUUUUAAAUUGUAAAACAGCAGUUUUCAUUAAUCUUUUUGUCAACUUUGGCGACCAGAUCGUAAGUUACAAUUCUCAGACGUCCACUAUUCUUUUGAUCUUGAAAGUUUGUUCUGCCAUUUUAAAACUGAAAGAACACUUUCUGACAAAACUUUCAGUCAUUACGUUGUUUCCAUACACUUCACACAGUUCCCAAUGAAUGUUUUUUGCCAACAAAUAACUAAUCACAGACCACACUUCACAACUGGCAGGAUUUUCGAUUGCAGCACACAUUUCAAAUUUGAAUAUAAAAAAAGGGCAGUGUGAAGAUGUUCCAGUUCUUAUGGCUGGACGCUGACUGAGGUGCCGAGCACGAGCACACCAAUAUAUAUGCGGUUGGCGGGCGAUAUCAGGUGGAAAAAUUCCUUACUUUCUGAAUAGUAGAGCUGUUAUUUUGAAAGAUAGUUUAUUAAUCAUAAAGUAUGUAAGGUAUAAUUCUGUUUUAUAAUAACUGUAAUUUUAAAAGUAUGUAAUUUUUAAGUUUUCCAUACCAGAAAAAUUUGUAGUAUUAAAAUUUAAUCUAAUAAGUUAUUUUGAAAUCUUUUAUGAACAUAAAGAAAUAUGCUUAAUAUGCCAUUGUUGAGCAUAAAAUGAGUUUUUACUCAUUUAAUUCAUUCAACACAUAGAAAUUAGAGUGCCUAUAAACUCGCUCUCUCACAUUGAAGAUUUUAUAAAAGCUCUCAUUAAACACUACGGGAGCCCACCCAUUCCUGUGCAGAAAACUAAACCUAUUGACCUACCCUUUACUCUAGUAUCUCGACAUUUGCGGUUAGUGAUAUGCUGCUUCUACAAUUCAUUGAGUUGCCUAGAUAUAAAUGAACAUCGGUUUUAGCUCUAUUCCAUUUAGGUUAUACUUUUACAUUUAGUAUACACUAACCAAUGGGGAAUGCUCCUUUGGGGGUAACUGAGGUUCAUUUUUAGGUAGGUUCCAUAUAAAUCUGACUAUUGCAAUCAUUGGGCACACUAGCUUUUUACUCUGGUCCUAAGAGAUUAUAAAUCCUAAAUAUACUACAGUUACCUCUCAAUUAUCUGUAGUAAUCAACGGCAAGCCUUCCACAGUUAAAUCAAAAACACGGUUAAAACAAAGGAAGCCAAUAACAAUGUUAACCUAUUAAUUAAUUGUUGUAUAAAAUGGUUUUAUACUAAACUUACUUAAUAAGAGUAUUUUGUGAUCCAUUUAUAUUGUCUAUUUAGUUGAGAGUAAAACAAGUUACUCAAUUUAAUACUUACGGAAAUUAAUAAGCAAUUUUAAAAAUAUUUACAAUUUAACAGAUGAGUUAUGAUUACUUUUAACUCAGAAGAAAUUGAUAAUUGUUUUGUGUGUUUUUGCAGCAACUUCUUUCCUUAUUAUUGUCAAACGUAACUUCCGCUAAACCAGUUUGUCACAAAGCAAACUUUCUUCCUCCCCUCCAAAUACCUGUAAUCUAGCAAACACUCAAUGUGAUUUAUUGCUGCUCUGUGCACGACCUAGGGCUUGCCCGGCAAACCCUCCUCACACACUUACCCGUCACUUUCACUAUCAUCAAUUCCCUGUGUACGUCUCCCAAUUUCAUCAUCUGUAAAAUUUUCAAAGGCUGGCAAGACUUUUAGUAUUUAACCAUUCAGUGACAUUUGCCUCAUCAACAUUCUCUCCAUCUUUAGCUAUCUGAGUCAAAGAUGCUGAGGAUGUUACUUCAUCAUUAUCAAAGCCAGCAAAUCCAUCCUCCUCAGAAAUAUAUGGGAAUAUUUUUUUUCUAUGAUUUUGUCAAUGUGGAAGCUUUUACUUUGUUUCAAGUGGCGGCAGAAUCAUAUAUGGUACGUACCUAAGAGGAAAAAAUAAUUUAAAAUCUUUUCCCUCAUUAAUGAAUUUUAUAAACAUCCUUGAGUGGUAAUUCCGCUUAACACUUGCAAUUACACCUUGGUCCACAAGCUGAAUCAUUGCUGUGACUUUUGGGGGUAAAUAUUUCACCAAAUUUUUCAUCUAACACCAAAACAGCUUUAAAUUCUUUUGUUUUCAGAAAGUCAUGAACUUGUGGACAGAUUUGUUAUCCAACCAUACCUGCAAAAUAAAAUUUUUCAUCCACCCCUUUUUUGGUCAUAAUAAUGUACAGGCAUGUUUGUCGCCCUUGUACCUUUAACUAAUCUUGGUUUUUUAGCUUUUCCAAUGAUAAGCCUUAAUUUAUGUGUCCUGGUAGCAUUCUCAGGUAAGUGUUUUUGUAGGUAAACAUUUCCAGUAAAUCUGAAUUUGUAUACAUUAUAAAUUUGUUCUAGUAAUAGAUUUUAAUCCUAAACAAAUUUAUUAAACUCUAUUGAGGUUGAUUCUGCUGCAGCCUGAUCCCCACUAAAUUUUUACCCCUGUAUGUCAUCAAUAUAACAGAAAUACAGGCCCAGUGGCUUAUAUUCAUCCAUAUAAGUCUAGUGCACUGAAAAAUAAUUCUAUUUUUCCGCACAUAUUGGUCCAUUAAUUCGAUGAUCGAGAACAUGUUGAUUAAACCAUUCAAUCAUGGCUUUGUCUAGAUCAUCAUAUUAUGUUGAUUUUUUCAUAGUUCUGCUUUUCGUGGCGGCAGAAUCACAUGUACAUGCAAAUUUUAAAAGAUUAUCUUUUUUCUUUUUAAGUCUUGAACAAUUUUUUUCACUGAUCCCGUAUUCUUAAGCUAGUAUUGUUGCAAUUCUACCCACUUCUACCUUUUCUAAUUUCUAAACGAUUUUAAGUUUUUGUUGUAUAAAAAAAACCACAUGUUUUCUCUUUUUUCCAUUAUAAUAAUGUAUAAUUUAUAUACCUGUACGAAUACAUUUUCAAAGAAAACCAACAAAAAGAUAAUAAUAUGCACUGUAUUUACUGAUCACUGAUUUAGUUCAUUCUCCCAUAAAAGAUUAACAACAACAAGUUUUUCGACAAUUUAAUUUGAACAAUGGAUGGGUUGAAGGAAAAUCAAAAGGUUGUCUAUAAUAACCAUAAUCAAGACUUUUGCUACUAGUGAACUGGCAGACAGAUACAGCGGUUGCCGGGUCAUGCAGGGUACAUGUGUCUGUCUGUGUGUUGUUACUUUUAAACAUUAUCUCUCCUCUUUAUCUACAAAUGCUGCACAGUGGUUCUUUUUGUAAUAUUUAGAAUUAGUAUUAUUAAAACACAAUUUAAAUAAGAUCAUUAUAAUCAUAUUGGAAAAAAUAUAUACACAAUUGUUUUUAAUUUGCAUUGACUGUACAAUUAAUUUUUUACUGUCACAGAAUUUUUUUACCCCAAUUAAUCCGCAACACGGUUGAUUUGCUCCUGGAAAAUCGGGAGUUGAUUGUACUAUACAAAUUUGCACAGCCUAUGAUUGUUAUGCUAUAUAAGUGAAAUCUUCUACCCAGGAGGGUUCACUUCUGGCUGGUUUAUACCUUCCAGUUGAACCCACACAGCAAAAACAGAUGUGUCACUUAAAUCUGGGCAACCUUAUGAAUGUCUAGGAGCGGCACAUCACUAACCACAGUAUUGAGAUUCUGGGGUGCAAGGAUAUUUCAAUAGGUCUAGUCUACUGUGUGAGAUGACUGUUGGAGUUGGUGGGGUUCAUCCCUUAAGAGUAAAAGGUUCUUGCCUGCCUAGAUGUGUGCCACCCCCUGCUUGCUUUGACUGGAGAGGCUGGUUCAGAGCAGGCUUCCCCUUCUUCUGAAAGGACAUGACAGAUUAAUGCCCUAAAUUCUUCCUCAUGGAUCUCGACAGGAGGUGGUCCCUACCCCCAACCUUAUCCAUCCAAAAUAUCCUGUCAUCCAGAAGCAGCGCUAAGGUCCUUAAUAGGGCUAUUUCUAAGCUUCUUGUCCUAAGAGAACAAAAAUGAAAAUUAAAAUUUUAUUUUUAUAACAUCAUGAUAUUCUUUAGACAUUUUCAAGAUUAAUUACCUAUUUUUGGAUAAUAACCUGAAAUUAGCAUUAAUAUUCCAGAAGUUUUGGGGCCUAUGGAGUGUGGAUGUCUAUUAAAUUUAGAUGUUACCCCCAGGGAACAUGAAAACCAGGGACAUAAUAAGCAUGAGAUGCAAGGAUGACUAAACUCACUUGCCAAAGGAUGGCCUGUUGUUCUACAUCAAUUGCUUUAACUUUUAGCACAUUAAAAAAAAAUAUUUAUCCUACUUUUUGGGCUCUUGGAUGUAUCACUGGUCUACCAAUAACAGUUAAAACUCUUUUUUGUAGCCUAUAUUGUAGAGCAUCCAAACUAUAAAUUGUAGUAAUAAUUGGAGAAGCUUACUAAAAUUAAUUGUGUGACAUUGUAGUCAAGUGUAAUUUAUUAACUAACAAUAUUUCUAUAAAGUAAUUUUAUUGUUUCUGGUUUGGGUUUUGUUUGUUGUGAUUUUAAUAAUGUGUUCAAAGUGCUUAUUUUAUUUAAAACAUUUGUUAUAUUACUAUCUUAAUUGAUUACAAUAAGUUGUAACAGGACAUAUUAAUCUGUAUUCUCUAAUUGCAUAAAUGUAUAUUAGUACAUUGUAAAUGAAGAAAUAAAAUCUCAAAAUUGUUUACUUAAGUUUAUAUAAAAAAUACUCCUUACGGAUUUUUACUUCUAAAGUAGCAAAACCUAUAAUACAAUACAACAUUUCUUUUUAAUAAUAUAUUAUUUAGUGUAAUAUUGUCACCAAUGUAAAAUGGUGGAACCAGUUGCACUGUUUGAAAUAGAUGUUACUGAGAAACUGAUUUAAACUGUGAUAUAGUACUGUAGUAUAAUGCUAGGAUUUUAAAGUCAAUCAUUUAAUGCUGUUAACAUUUAACAUGUACAAAACAUAUAAAAAUGUAAAUAUUAUUUAUAUCAUCUUUCUAUGUACAAAUGUUUUACCAUCAAAAUGUCAUAUUUAAUUUAACAUUUUUUUAAGUUUUCAGAAAUUUUCUUAAAUUGGCAUAAUUCUUAUUCAUACUAGGGUUAUAAUAAUUUUAAAAAAAUAUCUAGAAUUAGGUUUUGUUUUUUGAAUUAUUUGUUAUAUACACCAUUGCAUGUAUUUUGGUUAUGCAUUAAAAAUUUUUUCAUUGC